AUGGGAAACGAUAAAUGUUUUGUUGAAUGUGAAGAUUUACCAUUUCGUUUCAUUGAAAUUCCAAUUGCUUCAGCUCCUCCUGAAGAACAUCAACCAAUUCGUACAUAUGAUAAAGACAAUUAUAAAUUUAAUGAUAAAAUAAUAGAAAUGUCACGUUUCGAAGGAUAUGAUGCUCCUCCAUCUCUUUUACCUCCACCAACAAUACCAAAACGAUAUGAUGAACCAAUAUUAAUUCUACCUCAAAGAUCUGAUCUUUAUAAAUUAAAUUCAAAUAAAAUUCCUUCAAAAUCUUCGUCAGUCCCUAAACAUCAUCAUCAUUAUCAUCAUCGAAGAAAAUUUGCUAAAACAAAAUUAACAUGUUGUGUUAUCUCAUAA